CUCACGCGCAGAAAAAAAGAUAACGCGAUCUAUCGAUCUUUUUUCAAAUCGAAAAAAUAAGUUUGAUAGGCUUCAUGGCUAUAGUUGGACAAACUUGACGUCUACAAACGAACGUGCCGGCCGGAUAUUUUCCAUCACAAUUUAUGACUUCGUUAUUAAUUUGACAUGUUUUAAUUAUGUAAAUAAGAAUGGGUGAUAAUCAAUUUAAAUUAUGUGUUACGAUCUCGUUCGCUUAAUUUAAUGCAAACAGAUAUUUAUCAUUCAUUUGUGACGUUUUCACGGUGUUAAUUCGAGCUUUAUGUUAUGUUUUUUAUUGAGAGUUAGUCAGUUGUGCGCCGGUAAAAUGUCUGAUAUUCUACCUCAGUGGAGUCGGCUUUAGUUUCGUGAACAUUCGUGGUAAAUGGAACUGUAACACUGACUUACAUACCAUUAUGGAACGCCACCAAAAUGGUAUGGAUGUGUGGGUAGGGCAAGGUCGCGUCAACCAACUAGGAGGAUUGUUCAUCAACGGUCGUCCGCUGCCGAACCACAUCCGCCUGAAGAUCGUGGAGAUGGCGGCGGCGGGGGUCCGGCCUUGCGUCAUCUCGCGGCAGCUCAGGGUCUCCCAUGGCUGCGUUUCCAAGAUCCUCAAUAGAUACCAGGAGACUGGGUCCAUUAGACCAGGCGUGAUUGGAGGUUCCAAACCCAGGGUGGCCACUCCAGAGGUAGAGGCCAGAAUAGAAGAACUAAAGCGACAGAAUCCCGGAAUAUUUUCUUGGGAGAUACGAGAAAAAUUACUGAAGGAGGGCGUGGCUGAUCCACCCAGUAUUUCAUCAAUCUCCAGGUUACUACGAGGUGGAGCGAGGGACCCUGAUGGAAAGAAAGACUACAGCAUUGAUGGAAUUUUAGGCGGCCGAGGAUCAGAUUCUUCGGACAUCGAGUCGGAACCAGGUUUGACGUUGAAGAGAAAGCAGCGGCGAUCUCGUACAACCUUCACGGGAGAACAACUGGACGCUUUAGAAAGGGCGUUCCACCGUACCCAAUACCCUGAUGUGUACACAAGAGAAGAGUUGGCAUUGCAAACCGGGCUGACUGAGGCUAGAAUACAGGUUUGGUUCUCAAAUCGUCGAGCGCGCCUGCGAAAACAUACAGGAUCCAACACUACGCCUAGUCUAGCUGGCUACUCUACCUUACCAAUGCCUCAGAUACCAUGUCCCUACCCCGCUGGAGAAAUACCAUCUCUAAAUCCGCACCAUACACAACAUCCUGAAUCAUGGCAUCAUCAAAAAUACGCAAAUUAUAAUCAAUUAAUGGCUCAAUCACAACAUCUGAACCAGGCUUUCCAAAGUGCUGCUUUCCCUAGUACUUCAGGGUCAACAUUCGGCCACCUGGUGAGUGGCAGCAAUGGAUCUGCACAUAGUCAAUUAUUAGACGCCGCCGUACCAAGGAAUGACUACGCAAGAUACCCUGCCAACGAUAUUUAUAACAAACCUAUAAACUAUUUACCAAAAGAAGCCGAUGACGAAGAAAAGGUUCCUAAUGAGGAAUUAAUAGAAACUAGAGAAGAUACGUUCGUGAAGCCAGGAGAAGAUUUUAACAAAACGUUACCUAGCAAUGAUUAUCCUAAAGUUCCUGCAGAUUAUUCCAAAGUACCGGUUGAUCCAUCUUCAUCUGCCAAUUGGAGUCCUUCUCAAAAUUCUUUAAAUAUGAGUUUAGCUGGAAUAUCUAGCGAAUACAAGUACAUGAAUGAUCCAUAUUCUUUUUCGAAUAUUCCUGAUCCUCUCAGUCAACAUAAUUACCCAGCUCCACCUAACCCUGCUAAUAAAUAUUGGAUUUGACAUAUUACCUUCUGGUUUACUACGGAUAUAAAUUUUCGGUGUAAUCGAAAUGUAUUCUAUUAUAUUGUGAUAAUAUUCUAUCAAAAUGUCACGUAUUAUCUACCUGCGACUAAAUAGCUAUGAUAAUUACACAUUACAAAAAAAUAUGAGGAAUGGACAUUGAAGUAGUUCUACUUAGGAGAUUAAGUAAUUAUAUUAAAUAUAUUUAAAUUUUCUUUUAAUAUAAAUUUUAUUUAAUUUAGAAAACAUUUGGAAAUUACCUCUGUUUUGCA